CGUGCACCACUAUGCUGCGUUUUUGUACAGGUUAUCUUGUAGUCAAAAAACAAUUACUUGAAAUGAAGUAUUUGCAUAGCGCAAAAUGAAUUAUAAUUAAUAUAAAUGCAUGUUUCAUUGAAGUAUUAAUUAUAUCGUCAAAAAUACUUUAUUUAGAAAUAGAUAACAAGAAAUCAUAGUGUUGCUAAAAAAUUACAUAUUUUGUAUCUUCCGUGGAAAUAGCGACACUUAUGAUAAGCAUUGAAAUCAGAAUUUUUUAGCACAUCGAUGAAUAUGACUAGAUAAUUAUCAUGGACAUUGCAUUUUUUAUUUAGUUUGUUUUUCUUUAGUUUUUAAUUUUUGUGUAGUUAAUCUAAUAAUACUGUUAAGUGCAAUUUUUAUAACAGAAAAAAAUUGUUACAAUUAUAGAAUAAAACUAUUUUCAAGUGGAUUGGAUCGAGGAAAUGGCUUCAACAGUCAUUAAAAAAAAAGUCGUCAUAGUCGGUGAUGGAGCCAGCGGUAAGACUUCUUUGCUCUUAGUGUUCUUCAAAGACGAAUAUCCUCAAGUGUAUGUUCCUACUGUAUUUGAAAACUUUGUUACACAGAUUGAGGUGAACAAUAAGUUGGUAGAGUUAGCACUAUGGGACACUGCAGGCCAAGACGACUAUGACAGGUUACGAUCGUUGUCGUAUCCCAAUACCGACGUGGUGCUAAUAUGCUACUCAAUAGAAUCUCGUACCUCCCUUAUAAAUGUUGUAUCAAAGUGGGUUCCUGAAGUAAAUUAUUUCUGCCCAGGAGUUCCCAUAAUUCUAGUUGGUAACAAAAAAGAUUUGCGCCAGAAUACACAGAUAGUAAAGACACAUAAGUUAUCGUUGCUAGCAGAAAUUUCAGAAAAAUUUUCAACACCGAUUUAUAAGCCAGACAUAGUCUCAGUAUGUGUCAUAGAACAGAGCAUCGAACAUAAAGACUCUCUUGUAGAAAGCAAUAAGUCACAUAUCGUUAUCGAGAAUUCUUCUGUAAAGAACUUCAGCGAUGAAUUAGAAAAACAAAUGUUGACUUACGAAGAAGGCCUAAGUGUUGCCGAAUCUAUUGAAGCAUUUGCAUUUUUGGAGUGUUCUGCUAAGUCCAGAAUUGGCAUCCGAGAGGUAUUUGAAACGGCAGUAAACGCUUCAGUACGUGAUAAAAAAAAUGCAUCUUGUGCUAUACUUUAAAAGGAAAUGAUACUACUUACAAAUGUCGUAUAUACAUAUAUUUUUUCUUUGUACACUUAUUUAUAAAUAUAUUAUUAUUUUUAACGAAUGCUAGUAAUUUAAUAAAAAGGAAUAUGUAA